AGCUUGGCGAGUUCUCAUUAAACUGCCUGCGACAGCCCGCCCGUAGUGAAUUUUGAGAAGGGCUUGAUGAUUGCCUUGCCUUUGUACGCCUGCGCAGUACAAGUCUAAAUACUUUCGACUUCUUUCUGACUUCGUCCUGCUUGUUCUUCUCAUAGCCCCUCGGAUCAACCUGCUCGCCCUUUCAUUUAUCUCGCACUAAAAGUCCUCCUAUCGCGGCGACUCCCUCCCGCUCACCCUUGUCGCCCCAGCCCACUUGUUGCUUUUCUCUCCUCCGAGCAGCAUAUUUACGAUUGACCCUCCUCAAAAUGGUCAAGGAUACAAAAUACUACGACAUACUGGGGGUUGACCCCUCAGCCUCAGAGCCUCAACUCAAGUCAGCUUACAAGAAGGGCGCGCUCAAACACCAUCCAGGUAUUUCUGCCCGGCCUUCGCCAUAUUAGGGGCAGCAACUCACGUUCUGCAGAUAAGAAUGCACACAAUCCCGAUGCGGCAGAGAAAUUCAAAGACCUUUCAAAAGCCUACGAAGUCCUCUCAGAUCCCCAGAAGAGACAGCUCUACGAUCAGUAUGGAGAAGAAGGCCUUGAGCAAGGCGGAAUGGGAGGUGGAAUGGCCGCAGAAGACCUAUUUGCACAAUUCUUCGGCGGCGGUUCAGCUUUCGGUGGAAUGUUCGGUGGCGGCAUGCGUGAAACCGGCCCAAAGAAAGCCAGAACAAUCCACCAUGUUCACAAGGUCUCUCUCGAAGAUAUCUACCGAGGCAAAGUCUCCAAGUUGGCCCUCCAGAAGUCCGUCAUCUGCCCUGCUUGUGAGGGACGUGGUGGCAAAGAGGGUGCGGUCAGAACAUGCGCUGGCUGCAACGGUGCGGGUAUGAAGACUAUGAUGCGCCAAAUGGGACCCAUGAUCCAGCGCUUCCAGACCAUCUGUCCUGACUGCCAGGGCGAAGGAGAGACCAUUCGCGACCGUGACCGAUGCAAACGGUGCAUGGGCAAGAAGACUAUUGUCGAGCGCAAGGUCCUUCAUGUCCACGUUGACCGUGGUGUGAAGAGCGGGCACAAGAUUGAAUUCCGUGGCGAAGGUGAUCAAAUGCCAGGUGUUCUUGCUGGUGACGUUGUGUUUGAGAUUGAGCAGAAGCCUCACCCAAGGUUCCAGCGCAAGGAUGACGACCUGUUCUAUCAUGCUGAGAUUGAUCUGUUGACUGCUCUAGCUGGCGGUCAGAUCUAUAUCGAGCAUCUUGACGAUCGAUGGUUGACGGUCAACAUCUUCCCUGGCGAGCCGAUCACCCCUGGUUCUAUCAGAGUGAUCAAAGGUCAGGGUAUGCCGUCUUUCCGUCAUCACGACUUUGGCAACCUUUACAUCCAAUUCGACGUCAAGUUCCCCGACAAGAGCGAAAUCAAGAACGUCGAACUCCUGGAACAAAUCCUGCCACCUCGUAUGCAGCAGAAGCUCCCAGCUGCAGACUCAAUGGUGGAAGACUAUGAUCUGGAAGAAGUUGAUGCUCGCCAACAAGCUCGAGCACAAGGUGCGACCAUGGAUGAAGACGAAGAAGAUGGCAUUCCUGCGGGUGCGGAGAGAAUGCAAUGUGCUUCGCAGUGAUUACAAUGUGACACGAAGGAUACGAGAGCACGUCAACCAAAGUGAGUCGAGAUGAUAAGAAGGGAGGCAUCUAGAUGCGAAUGAGCUCCCUGCAUUAGCGAGCGUGGGGUUUCCGCAUCCGAUGCAUCCAAUCACUGGAGCAUCUGCAUUGGCCGGCGUUGAUGGAAAGGUCUCAUGGAUUCGUCUCAUGGCGUUUGUACUGUACGGAAUGCACCUGGACUGGGGCUACGGUCGCACAAGGAACGGCUGUGCUGAAUGUCCUCCGAGGCUGAGCACUUCUAAUGAGAACCGGCUUUUUUGGGCUGCAGCGAAUAUUAGAUAGCCUUGCUUUGCAUGAUAGAAGGCAAGGGAGAUGGUCAUGGCGCAUCCGCAAUCAAAUGGACGACCCGUUGUUGAUGAUGUACGGAGUACAAGAAGUCUAUCGAUUCGAGUGCUCAACAUGGCAGCAUUCACUUGCAUUGUAUCUUGCAACCUCCGAUCCAGCGUCGCCAAGGUUAUGGCUUCCUAGACGUGCGACUUCGUAUCCCAGGGCGGCUGUAGAGUCUGCCGGGCCAGACAAAGAUCUGGCUGCUGUACUGUGCUAUAGGGGACACAGAAGAGGCAUAAGGGACGCUAAGGAAAAGCGGUCAACCAGAGGACACACUCCGGUCCGCAUUGACGGUACAGCCUGAUCCCAUGCUCGUUUUCUUCACGUUUCCUUUGCCGUGCUUUAUUGCACAAGCUGCGAGAUUCUUCGUUUUAGUUUGAACUUUGAAGAUGUGAGCGUCCUAGGAAAGCAUGCAGAGAUAAGCCUUGAUCCGAAGAACGACAAAUACCUGCCCUUAUUAUUAGGGUACAUGAGGGUCGAAUCAGUAGUACAAUACUCAGUACGGAGUAUGUAUGGGAUCAUUAUGGCGGACAUCGCGUCAGCAUUUAGACCGGUGACCAAUGAGCCACAGACGAUGAUCAUUGGAUAGGGAUCAGGGCUUUACCGAGAAAUGGAUAGCUGGGGGCUGGUUCGCGACAUGACAGGUCGAGCACGACGGGCCCUGGCAGGUUGGCGCAGGUCUUGCCAGGGUGGAAAUGGAGAUCGACCUCAAAGCAUCGACGAAGGAGGUUCGAGAUAGAUGAGCACGCCAUUUCGCUCCCUGUGAAAAGUGAAAGUGCCCCCUCUUCCUGGCGCUCAUUAGCAGUGGCACGCAAUGGUACGGAGUAAUGACAAUAACGAAGAAGACGGGAGAAUCGAAGACAUGUGAAGGGAGCAACUCUGAUCCCCACUGAUGAAGUCGUCCAAGAUCAGAUUCCCCUUGAGUCAUGGGCUUCUUUUUCCCUCUGGAAGAAACUGUGCCGGGAGCACAGAUCAGCCUACUAGCCUGAGCAACCGUUUGGGACGACGGGCUUUGGGAGGCCAUGGGAGGCUCGUUCACGCGGCAAGCCUCUGGGAAGCACAGACACAGGUACGGACGAGUCCUUCCAGUGCCUCGGGUGUGCUUGAAAACCCCAAUUGAUCGGCAGUAAAAAUUCAGCUUUGCCAACUGGACGAGACGAGCACAGAGAUAGCCCACGAUAGCCUUGCGAACCUCAGGUGGGUAUGCCAGCAACAGGUCAACUGUACACUGGUGACUAUCCUCCUCGUACCAAUGUUGCCAUCGAGACUCGUUGGUCUUGACUAAUA